AUCAUCGCGCAUAAAUCUAUUAUAUAUUGCUUGAAUGUGGAAUUUAGCCGCUAUUUUCUCUUGCGUAAUGAGAACCACUGAACGGAGAUAAUUACCAGUCGUUAACACGACUAAUCUCCAGACAUGUCGGCAUACGAGGAGAAUCUACAAGCGCGUAGGGAGAAACUACGCGAUCUCGUAUCGAGUGAGGAGGCGGAUCUAAUGAAGGAGAUCGAGGAGGUGACACGGUGGGACGAGUGUGCCCGAUUCGAAAAGCAGUUUGCGAAAAUGGAGGAGUUGAGGAAACAGCACGAGCAGGAACACGAAACGAUGGUAGCUGCCAAACAGAAGCAACGGUUUCUAAUGUCAUGUCCGGAUAUUAAGCAAGAAUUGUCGAGGAGAGCCACGAUCGACGCGAAGCGAUGUAACGUGGAGCAGAUGGCGGAUAACGAAGCGAGGAGAUUAGCGGAGAAGGAACUGGAUGCUGUCUGGUACGAGAUAAUGCUAAGGGAGAACGGGACGAAGGGGCACAAAGAGAUGGAGGAGUCGGAGAGACGACGAACCUUAGCCCAGCAAGAAACGGUGUCUGCUUUAGCCAAGCAAGUGGCGGACAAGUUGACGUUGGAAGAUGAGAAGAAGGUCGAGAAGAGGGACGAGCAGGAGCAUCUGGAUCGGCUAUGCGAGGAUAUGCGCCAGGCGGAGUUAAGGAAUCUCGAGAUGGAAAGGCAAAAGCGGGAAAAGUUGAAGGAGGAACUCGAGGAGCAGAUCCUGACGACAAAGAAGUUUCUCGCCGAACGUGCCCGCGAGGAAGCCAUGGUGGAUCGCGCAUUCGGGAAGCUGGCCGAGGAGGAACUGGCCAAGGAGAAGGCUCGCGUGAAACAGGACACCGCCAUCCUCCGUGCGGAGUUGGACUCCUAUCUGAAGUAUCUGAAGGACUUGCAGCAGGAGGAGGUCAAACGGAACCUCGAGAUGGAAGCUAUCGUUCGGCAAUCGCAAGAGAAUAUUGAGGCGAGGCGCAAGCUUGCGCUGAAAAAAUUCAAGGAAGCUCGCCAGCACGCCGCACAGGAAGUCCUUCGCGGUCGGGAGGAACAGCUGAAGACGCGACAGGAGGCAGAGGAGCGGGAACGACUGCUGAAGAUGGAGGAACGAGAGGCGCUCGAAAGGCAGAUCGAGAUGGAUGCCGAGUUGACCGCGAUGGAGCGGAAGGAGACCAGACAAAAGACGCUUCGUUACGGACUGGAGCUCAAGGAGCAGCAGAGAUGCAUCGAAACGACGAGACGCCAGGAAUUGGAGGAGGAACGGCGGUACUACCAGGCCGAGAUGAAGAGGCAGACGGAGGAAUAUCAGAGGCUCACGGACGAGUUGCUGAACGCUUCCGAGAGCAUUACGCCGCAUCCGUUUAAAGCUGUACUGAAGGAGGGCCCAUCCUGAAGGAGAAGGAAGGAUGUUGUUACUGUCCUUCAACUUUAACUUCCGUGUAACUGACAUGUUAGUAGAUGCUGAUAAGUUACCAGGUGUACCUCUUGUAAGUUACUUCCCCGGCUUGUCGUUGCGCGGAUCAUGUAAAGGGCCACUCGAGAGGUAGACCAUUGAAUAUUCAAUCAAUCAAUCAACGUGCGACCGCUAAAUCUAUAGGGCGAUAGAGACGUGAAAUAAGUUGGUAGAAAUCACUGAUUAUUGAUAUAGAAAUUUAACAUAUCAAAAUGUAACGUCGUGACAUUAUCAUAUAGAAUAUAAAAAUUAUGAAUGUUGUAACUGGUCACAUAAUUUGUCCUCACAUUACUGAAAUAUUAACGUUAGAGAUUUACUUCAUAAAAUUAUAGGUAAUAUGACAUUUCUCUAUUCUUUUUUUUGCAUUUCUCUCUAUAUACGUACAUAAUACACGUAUAACAAUUUCUUUUUGAUAAGACAGUAAUAAGUUUUUAUAUUCUUCUUAAAUAAGAGCUAAUAAUUAAGAGUACAUUUUUAAUAUACAUUUUAAUGUAAAUUUAACAGCAUUUAACUAUUCUGUUCUGUUCGAGUAUAUUUGAUAGAUCAGAUUUGAUUUAAAAUUUAUAUGUUUCAUUUUCUUACUAAGAUUUUAUUUAAAAAAUCUUUUUCUCUGACAUUUUGAUGAUUUCAUCUAUAUAAUAAGCUCUCUUUUCUAUGAAAAUUUAUUUUUUAUUUUUAGAGUUUUUUUAUUAUAUUAACUCAAAUGAUAUAAUAAGAAAUUUGAACAGAACAGUAGAGUUAAAAGUAUAAAUUGAUUGAUAAUUGUUAGUUAAUCAUUUAUAUAACAAUACAUUUAUUCAAACUUAUUGAUAUUCUGUUAUGUCUUUAUAUCAUCCUUUUAAUAUAAAAUAUAAAAAUAUAACUAUAAUCUGAGUGCUUUUAUUUUAUUAUGCACAAAGUUGUGUUCAAUAAUAACAUUGCAGCUGUAUCGUAACCAAAAAAUAUUUUGCUGGUAUAGACAGAUUUCUUGAUAUCACAAUUAAAAUGUAUCGCUAGUUUUUGUAUCUGCUAGAAUUAUGCCUGUCACGUAUAAAAUUUGGAAAUUAUGCUUUUAUCAGCUAAAUUGAUUACGUGGAAUACAUAUAUAUAUCGCAGUAUUUGCUUAUUAUUUGUCUAUCUCAGCUAUAUUUUACACAUAUAUAAUUGUUAUUGAAGUUGCAAGAUUAUUUUUUUUUUUUAAGUGAAUAAAAAGCCAUUAGUGAAGAGAAUCGAUAUUAUUUACAUUCAUGUCUAUUUAUAUUUAAUAAUUAAAUAAAACCAAAUUGUAGAAUAUUGCAUAUUCGCAAUAUAAAUACAAUUUCGUGAUAUAAAUAUCAUUUUUAAUAUUUCUGUCGUUUGAUGAAAAUAUCUGUAUGACAUUUCAUGAAAUUGCAAAUAAUCUAAUACGCUAUUUCAGUAUUAUAUUCGUUUUUCAGCGGAAUAUUGACUACAAUUAAUAACAAGAAAAUAUUUGCGUUAUUAAAUAAUCUAUGUGCCGUGCGCAGAAAUAAUAACGAAAUACAAUUCUCGCCUUCUCUUCGCGUCCGACUGUGCCGAUUGAAAAAAAAUUCCUCUUCUCACCCGUGUAAUUCGACCUGCAGUUGGCGCUCGUACCAAAGGCUCUGGCCUCUUCUCUCAAUGUUCUCCGCUCCUACCAUCCGUCGGAUGCUGCAGGACCCAGCAACGUGAACUCUGCUGAAGGGAUACGUGUUUAUCGACGGAAACGUGGCGGCUCAACGCGCAGGAUCAGGCGGCAACAAUGAUCUUAUUGUCCGCCUCGAAGGAGACACACGAAUAAGAUCUCGGCGUUAUUCUUGAUGAUGAUUUCGCACGCGUGCCUUUAGACGAUUACCCUGGCGUAUUACAGUGUUUUGCGUUACGUGGUGCGAUGUAACUCUCCCUCGAAUCUCCCCCUCCCCCCGAAUGAAACGUACAUACAUAUAUUACAUUAAAAUGCGCGCAGCGCGUGGAAUCGAGAUUUACGUCGUAAUUGCGUCCGCGCGCGUGUGAUAGUCGGCGCCUAGAUAAAUCUUUGUUAAUUGUAGACACAACCGUGAUCACAUCUCGCCGGUUCGCGUCACCAUUUCGGACGGGGAGUUAAGAAAAAUUCAUUACCGCCAAGUAUCCGCAAACAAAAUUAGAAAACACGCAGUCCGCAAUUCUGAAGCUCUCUCCGUCAAACCUGUGUAAGUAAGAAUCACGCCUCGGCUGUAAUAGCGAAUCGAUAUCCGCCUGUCGCUUUUCCCGGCGCGAUUUCACCCAGGAGUGGCGGUCGAUCUUUUUCCCGCAUCGUCAAGCAUUCACCACUUGGCGGCUGCUCGUUGCGUGCUCCCCAGUGGGUGCGUGCGUGUAUGAAUACGCACGUCAGCUUAAUGCCCGUAGAUGUUCGUGAUUGAUCGAACGCUGCCGGCUAGACAGCGCAGUUUGUCUCGGGAUUCACCCCCGGAGGGUUGGAGGGUUGGCUCGGCCUGGCGCGCCUACCGAUUGACUCGGGCUUUGAGAUUCGCGUAAGAGGUCGCCGAAGUCCUGAUCGAAGUUGAGUUGGGUUCUCGGCUGGAGGCGGUGGAUCUUUUUUUUUUUUUACCUUCGAAUUAUUCACUCGGUUGGUCCAAGGACACGGGUGCACCUGCGCGCGUAUAUACGGCGAUUAUCGGUGUGCAAGGCUAGCCGGAGGACAGAGGAAAGGUUGAAGAGGGAGAAAAUGGCGAGGUGAACGAGAGAAGGAGGAAAAGGGCAAAGAGGGUCGGGGAAGGUUGGCGAAGAAGCGAAGAGCCAGAAGACAGAAGGAAAGGCAGAAGGCCAGCGGGAACGCGAGGAAGGAAGAGGCGAGCGAAAAAGAAAGAGAGAAAGAGAGAAAGAGAAAGUGGAAACGGAGAGGGUUGCGCUGCUGCAGGAGAGCGAAUGGACUCUGCCUCCAGGGAUGUUCUUUUGACAGUCAUGUCGCUGUCGUCUCCUAAGGUCCCCCGGCGGCAUUGCAUUAAUCUUCUUCUUCCGACCCCGCCUUAUUGAAAAUUCUACAGAGCGCUCCACAGUUUUUGCCGCGGACGUCUUUUAUACUCCACUACCGCCGCCUCCCUCACACACCCUACCUCCCCCGUUCCCUCGCUCCGGACGAGCAUCCCCCUCGAUGAGGGCAAGCCGCCCCGUGCUACGCGGCUUCGUCUCGUCACCCGGAGAGGCGCAUCCGUACCCGUCACCUCUCUCACUACGUUACGCACGCCGGUACGGUGGUAUCCGUCGACACGGACGCGUCCAAGCUUCAGGGCACAAUGAUCGAUAACGUUAUCAAUCACCGCAUCGGUAAGUCUCUCCAAUCCCUCCCCUACCUCCGGCGGCGGCGGCGGUGGUCGCGUUCGACGCCCGCACGCGUAUUCCGCACACCUCGGUGGCCGCGAAUGCCUGCCACUGGAAAUGCGCGCAUCCGUCUCCCGAUAAACGCGUCUGUCAAACGGCGAGUCGUUCGCGGGGGGACGACGGAAGGGGGAGAGGGGGAGAAAACGCUGGGAUUCUGAUUGCGGACAUCGCGAUUAAUUCGUUCUGGCCGCGAUACCGUCCGCGGGUAAGCCGAAGGGAAAGGGCUCGAUCCUCGCGACCGGGAAGUACCGAGCCACGCGGACGAUAGAACGAAUCCGAGGAUGCGCUCGAUGAGAAUUAACGAGCGAUAAGUACCGAUGCUCUUCGAAGCAGAUCGGCGCACUCGCUGUAUGACAUGGGGUGCGAAAGCGAAGAGCUUAUCGGCUUUCCACUCAGCGCCGUUUAAAAAUCGCCAGCGUUAAAUUGAUUUUAAUACCAGGUUUGGUAACCAGUGAAAAUAUUAAAAGUCGAUAAAAUGGUUUUACUUAAUUAGAUAAAAAAUAUGACGCAUGCGAAAAGGCUAAAAAGAGCAGCUGUGUAUUCGACGAAUAGAUCGAUGUUGUGAUAUUGUAUAUGCAUUUAUAUUGUUAAUAAUAAAAUGAAAAUUUUAUAGAAAUGUUUAAAAAUGUUGAAGUGAUUAAGAAGCAAAUUACUUUCGCGAAGAAUAAUAUAAUAUUAUACGUUACUUAUAUAUGUUUUGUGCCUAUAAAAAUUUAAACCUUUAUUGUUUUUCUACUAUAUUAUAGAAUGUGUGCAUUUUUUCAUUAAACAAAAUAAUCAAUCUUGCUGCCAUUAUUAAACUUCUGCAGACAAUAACAUUAUAAUUAAUAUUAUUUACUCUUUAAAAUUUAACUUCACAGUUUGUAUGAUAGAACAUUUUGUGUUUUAAAAAGAGAUAAUGUAUAAUAAUAAUCAUUAUUAUUUUAACUAAUAUUAUUAUUAAUCAAUUUAAACAGCUGAAUAUUGUUUAAAGCAAUAUUGAAAAGAGAAAAAUAAUUAAUAUAUUCAUUGAAUUAGUGAUUGUACGAUAUAAUUUAACUGAAAGUAACACAUUUGGACUAUUACUUAAUUACACAAUGUAUUAAUAAUCCAACAAAAGCGAAUGUAGAGCGCACACAGAGAAUUACUUUGUAAUUUAACUCGUGGAAUUUCUAGUAACGAAAUUCGGCGUGUGUAGCUUUAACCCAUUUUAGUCAAGAAUUCAAAGUAUCAAUUUCUUGGCAAGUAGAUUGAGGAAACUUUCUUCUUUACUUUUAAUCAGAAAAGUUUGAAAAAUCCGAACAACCCUCGGAACCGUCGGAGCGUAAAGCACACCGAAAGGGUUAAUUAAUAAACGCAACGCGUCGAACUCCCGCGCGAACUCGAACUGGCGUUCAUGGAGUCGGCGAGCGUGGAGCGUGUCCCGGCUAUUUUCAGGAAAGUUUUCCGAAUUUUCCUUCCUUUUUUUCCACCCCUCCUUCCUACUGAAAGCUCCGCGGGAAGCAUUAGUACACUCGGAGGCGUGUCAUAUCCUAUCAUCAGCGACGUAGAUUAAUGUUACGCCGCCGUGGCCGCGCGCGACGGCGGAGAUUGUCGCGCUUUUCACGGGGAUUCCUGUAUUUAUGAUGAUAAGCCUGAUUUCAACAACCCCCGACGCGGUGCGCCAUAGAAAUUUUCGAUAAAAUACACGCGACAAUAAAAUGAUUUUCGUGUACGGUUCUCGCUCACCGGCCCGAAACGGUGAAUCGUCAUGACACGGACAGGGGGUGAAGAUGAUUUAUAGCGCGCAACCGGCAGCUCGUCGGGUACACUGAUAGGCAGGAAAUAGUCACGGCUCUAAUGUAAGAUUACGGCAGGCUUAAGCCGAGUUUAAUUUGAGGGCCCCCUCCCUCUGCGGACCGCCUGAAAUUCGUGAUGUGCCGCGAAUCGGUACAAGCCAGCGUAAUUUUUCUACUUAAAGGGAGAUAUAACAUUACGUUCCUUUCUUCUCACCUCUCCUCUCACCCCAAAAAGAAAAUUUUAUACCUCGUAUAUUUUAUCUCCUCCGAAGGGCAGAAAUUAUAUUACAUUUUCUCCUUUAUAUAUCUUUGUUAUGUAAAUAAUAGUUUCGUAUUAGUUACAGAAAUGUAUUUACGUUAAUUUAAGUGCGAACAAGCGAGUGUAAGUGAUUUAAAUUUAAUUAAGAUAAUUCUCGAUGAUUCUCGGGAUAACCAGUAUUUAUUUAUCGCUGUCUGUUUACUCGUUCGUAAUUAUCUGCUUUUAAAAUGCUUUUAAUAUCCAUUUAAAUACUCUACAUUACAUUUUUUAUUCCAUUAUAUACCUCUUAUAUUAUUAAAGCUAAGAGGAGCAUGCCGUCAACUCUCUCUUUCUCUCUCUUUCAUUCUUGUAAAUAUUAUAAAUACUUUAAGCUGCUACCAUCUACUCUUAGGAAAAUUCGACUCUCAUAUACCAAAGUGAACUUUAUAUCGCAUAUAUCACAAAUUAUGCAUUCAAAAUCGAGUAAAACUCGCAUCGCGUAAACUUCGUAUCUGGCGGCCUUCGCCCUUCAGCAUCCAAGAUAUUAACUUAAAAGGAAGUGCGCAAUUCUUUUUUCGAAAAUUAGUUUCCCCAUGGGCGCGCGCAGAUGUAGAGCGAGAUUUUCUAUUCUCGAAACUGUCUCGGGGAAGACCCGACCGCACUAUCAACCGCAAAUUCGCUCAUCAGUGCACCCGCGAACACUAAAGUGCGACAGAGUGCGUCAGAAUGCGUGCAUGCUGCAGAGGUGCACGCGUCGGUGAACAAUUCGUGAUUGCAGGGCAUAUGUCGGCGACUUGAUGGUUCGCACGAGUUCAUGAGGUCGGCCAGCAACCCAAAUGGUAAUUUGAGGUUUCAGGUUAGUUAAACAUAGCGGCAUGGACGUGCAAAUUCAGUCGGUUGCUGUUUAAAAAGUGGACAGAAUGUUUUCGACCGUCCUUCGAUUAGACACGUACGCCGGCUGACAACAGGCGACAGCUCGACAGCUCAAAUCGUCGAGAGCAAUUUUUUUUUUUUUUUUCGUUAUUUAUAUCAUCGAAUUUAGAUUCGUAUGUAAAAACAAGAGAUUGAGUUUCUGCGCUCAUUAAGCAUAUCCGUGGCAAUCACAGAGUGUCGAUAACAAUAUUUAAAAAUGUUAGAAAAUACAAUUGUUAUCUGCAAAAUUGUGAAAUCCAGCUACAUGCAUUUAUUGCUGUUAUGUUACACCUGCAUGAGCAAUAAUUGCAUGUAUGCCCGAAUUAAAUAUUAACCUAUAAUAAUAAAUACGCAUAUCGGUCCACAUUUCAGUAAUAUUAAUUUUCCAUCUUCGUACAGUUAUCCAUUCUAGAAUUGAUUAUGAUUUUACUGCUCCGUAUUCGAAAGAGACAAAAAA